AUGGGCAAGAAUAGUCUUGAAGCCAAAGCGGAUGUCGCUAUGGCGGAGAAUGCAGGCCAUGUGGUUGACGAGCAGAUCCUCGAUCUUGACCAGAGGAUUCAGGAACUUGUUGCAAUCACGCCUCCAUUCUACCACAACAAGAAUCUUCUCCGGCUGUAUCUCCUCAUCAUUCCAACUUGUUUAGCAGCUGCUAUCACCCUGGGAUUCGAUGCGAGUAUGAUGUCUGGCCUUCAAGCUGUACCUUCUUGGGAUAACUACUUUGGUCAACCUCGUGGUGCACUUCUUGGUAUCAUGUCAGCCAUCCUCCCUCUAGGCUGUGUUGUCGCUACGCCAUUCAUCAGCUUGGUCGGUGACCGCUGGGGAAGACGUAUGGGUAUCUUUGUUGGCGCUGUAAUCAUGAUCAUCGGUGCAGUCAUCCAAGGUGCCUCUGUUCACUUCGCCAUGUUUCUCAUCUCCCGCUUCAUCAUCGGUUUCGGUCUCGUCUUCGCAAACGCCUACGCCCCCAUGCUCAUCGGCGAACUCGCCCAUCCCAAGGAACGACAAGUCAUAACGUCCCUUUAUCAGACCUCUUGGUAUAUCGGUGCUAUCCUCGCUGCUUGGGUGACCUUUGGGACCUUUAGCAUUCCUAGUGAAUGGGCGUGGAGAAUCCCAUCUCUUCUACAGGCUGCCCCAGCUAUGCUUCCCAUCACAUGCGUCUUUCUUCUUCCUGAGUCUCCUCGAUGGCUCAUCGCGAAUGGCCGCAGUGAAGAAGCCAAGGCGUUGUUGGUGAAAUGGCAUGGUAAUGGAGAUGAGAAUGACGAACUUGUCAAGCUUGAGUUCAUCCAGAUGCGAAAUGUCAUUGAAGCUGAGGUCAGCAAUGAGACAGGUUGGAAGGACCUCUUGACCUCUCCUGGUAACAGAAAGCGAGUCUUUAUUCUGGUUUGUCUUGGCUGCUUCAGUCAGUGGUCGGGCAACGGUCUCGUUUCUUACUACCUUGUUCGUGUACUCGAAACUGUUGGCGUCACCGAUGCUCGAGAGCGCAACAUUCUCAACGGCUGCCUCAUGAUCUUCAACUGGCUCACUUCGGUUGCUUCCGCAUUCCUCACCGCUUACAUGAAGCGCCGAACCCAGUUCCUCCUUUCUGUUGGAGGCAUGCUUGGCAUUUUCGCGUCUCAGACCCUUUGCGCUGGUCUCUUCAACGAAGAUCACAACACCGCCGCCGGAAAAGCCGUCAUCGCAAUGCUUUUCCUCUUCUACUUCUUCUACAAUUUGGCCUUCAACGCACUCCUCUACUCGUACCCUGUCGAGAUUCUUCCCUAUCCCAUUCGUGCCAAGGGUUUCUCGCUCCUCAUGUUCUUCGGAAAGGCGAGUAACUUUAUCAACACCAUGGUCAACCCUAUCGGUCUUCAGGCACUUGCGUGGAAGUUUUACUUUGUUUAUGUCGCAUGGCUUGCUAUUGAGCUUGCUAUUGUUUGGAAGUUCUUUAUCGAGACAAAGGGCCCUAGUCUCGAAGCUAUUGCUGCUGUUUUUGACAAUCAUAGCCCGGCAGCAUAUGAUUCGCAAGAUUAUAAGACUGAGAAGAGAGAGAAGUUGGAGGAAGAUUAGGGCGUAGUUGGACUUUUAUGUUCCCAAUUGUCUAAGCCGGUGUCCUUAGUUAUUACAUAUCGCGAAUAAUUACUUCAUUCGCCUCUA